CCUCGCUUUUGCUAAACCCCGCAGUGCUGGUCCUUUAGGUUACGGGACAAGGCACCCACCAUGUCAAACCCAACUCCCGCCCAACGCCUCGAAAGUAUCCUCUCCAGAAACGAGGAAUACGCCGAAACAUACAAAGCACCAGGAAAACUGAUGGACGGCAUCGAAAAACGCAAAAAGUCCGGCGCGAAAUCAAUGGUUAUCAUCGCUUGCGCAGAUCCCAGAGUCCAUCCUAUGGAAUACCUAGAUUUGAAUCGAGGAGAAGCCGCAAUUCUCCGAAACGCAGGAGGAAGAACACAGGGUGUUAUUCGGUCUUUGUUAGUGCUGGAUGCGUUGGGAGACGUAGGGACUGUUGUUGUUGUGCAUCAUACUGAUUGUGGGACGAGUCAGUUUGGGGAGAAGGGCGAGGAUGAGUUUCAGCAUAGGAUAGAGGAGAAGCAUCCUGGUCUUGCGGAGGACCAUCAUGGGUGUUGGGGGGCGAUUAAUGAUCCAUAUAAGACGAUUGUUGAAGAUGUGGAUUUCUUGAAGAGUUUUCCGACGAUUGCGGAGAAUAUGGAGGUCUUUGGUCUUGUGCUUGAUACUUUCACGGGAAAGCUGAAACAGAUUGUUUGAAUGUUGGUCUGGUGUGGGGUUAUUUGGCUUGUUCUAUCCUGAGAAGGGUGGAUUUCGCAGAUCAUCUGAGUCCAAUCUGUAAUUGUUGAAGAUUGAGAAUGAACAGAAUUGUUUCUAGUGGCUCUAAUUCUGGAUGAUGUUGGUUUUUCAAAGCGAUGUGGGAUAACCCAUGC